GAUGGUCAAAGUCGAAGUUUGAAGUCCGUAUGACUUUGAAAACUUAAGAUUAAUAUUCAUUAAGUGAUUUCCAGUGUUUGAUUUUAUAUGUGAUCAUUACUCUCUGUUUUUAAUAUUCUGUUUUUAGAAAGUAAUUACAAGUUAUUUUUUUUAAAUAUUCAAAGAUUUUUAUGAUUAUUUAACGUUAUAAAACUUACAUUAUAUAUUUUUAAAAAUGGCAGUUUUUCUAAAAUCAUCGAUGUCUAAAACAAAAUUGGUGUUUUCUUUAACUAAAAUAUUAACACCUAUUUCUUCAAUGAAAAUGUCAACGAGUAACCUUGAAUAUAUAAUUACUAAAAAAGUUGGUGAGAAAAAUAAUAUUGGUCUAGUUCAACUUAAUCGCCCCAAAGCUUUAAAUGCUUUGUGUGAUGGUUUGGUCACUGAACUCACUGAAGCGGUGUCUGCUUAUGAUGCAGAUGAUAAAGUUGGAGCUAUAAUUGUAACAGGUAGUGAACGCGCAUUUGCUGCUGGUGCUGAUAUCAAAGAAAUGCUUAACCAGACUUAUUCAUCAAACUUAAAAACUGGUUUACUACAGCAAUGGGACAAUUUGAGCAAAUGCAAGAAACCAAUUAUUGCUGCUGUGAAUGGUUUUGCUCUAGGGGGAGGUUGUGAACUAGCAAUGAUGUGUGAUAUAAUUUAUGCAGGAGAAAAAGCUAAAUUUGGACAACCUGAAAUAAUAAUUGGUACCAUACCUGGAGCUGGUGGUACUCAACGCAUGAUUCGUUCUUGUGGUAAAAGCUUUGCAAUGGAAGUAUGUUUGUCUGGUAAUCAAAUCACUGCUCAAGAAGCCUUAAUGAGAGGAUUAGUUAGUAAGGUAUUUCCACCUGAAAAAUUAGUUGAAGAGGCUAUUAAAUUAGCAGAAAAAAUUAGUGAACAUUCACCAUUAAUUGUUGCUUUAUGCAAAGAAUCUGUAAAUCAUGCAUAUGAAUCAACUUUAAGCCAGGGUUUAAAAUUUGAGAAAAAAUUAUUCUAUGGCACUUUUGCAACUGACGAUCGAAAGGAAGGAAUGGCAGCAUUCGUUGAAAAGAGAAAACCAAAUUUCACUAAUAAUUAAAGUGUAAUGCCAUUAUUAUAAAAAAUUCAAGCUUUUACUUUAUGUAAUUGGUUUAAAAUAUUGUGAUUUUUUUAUAUGGAAUAAAUUUAUUAUAUUUGUUAUAAAAAAUUAUUGUUAAGUUUUUUUAUUUCAAAACAUCUAAAUUGACUUUUUAGAUUUUCCUAAAGCUCAUGUUA